AUGGAGCUUGACCAGAGAUGCGGAUACACGAUGCCAACGAAGCACGUUAGCUGUCUAGACCAAAAGGAACUUUUGUGCAGGUUCCUUUUGGUCUACUCUGUACUGUUCCAUUGCGAAGAAAUCAGGGUCAGGUUCCUGUUCGGUGGAGAGGUCGGGUGGAUAAACGGACUGGAACAGAAGUGCAGCAUUUCUAUUCGUAGUGCCAGUCAAAGUACCGUUCGUGCCCCUGUCCCUAUUCAAGGUCCGAGCGUCCUUCUGGAAACCGUGGAAAAUAAUUUUGAUGACAAGGCUGGUGGAAAAUGGAUCUGCAACUGGUCGGAGCGUUGUACAUGGGUAACGCACGUCAACCUCUACGAGACACCAUCUCGCGAAUCUGCAACUGAACGCUUUGCUACAUUGUAUCUGAGGUGAAAGGGAAAGGCAGGUAGCCUGACGGCAUCUCUCGCGCGUAUACGCUGUGUUAGCCAAGCGGUCAACGGACAUUGUGCUGUCUACGAGCACGGAA